GUCGCCUGUUUCUUGGCUAUGGUGAGCAGAGCAGCAGUGAACAUGGGGAGCAAGUAUCUGUGAUGCAGGAUGGAAGCAAGCCAUCUAUUCAUUACUCCUGAAAGAGAAACUCAAAGAAGAAAAAACAUAAGAAAUGGCUGAUUCUCCAGAAAAGCUCUUGCAGCGUCUGUUGACAUUUGGGGAUGUAGCUGUGGACUUCCCCCAGGAGGAGUGGGAAUGCCUGGACUCUGCUCAGAGAGCUUUGUACAUUGAUGUGAUGCUGGAGAAUUACAACAACCUGCUGUCUGUGGAGAACUAUUGCAAGUGUGAUUCUGUCCAUCACCAUGUGAAGAAUGAAAAAGAGUCUUGUCAGUGUAAUAAGUCUGGCAAAAUGCUUCAUGAACCCUCCACAUGUACACUUUAUAGAACAAGUGAAACUACAGAAAACUCUGAUAACUACACAUGCAGUAAUGACAGGGAUGCCUCUGUUGACUCAUCAAACCCAGACAGACAUGAAAGCAGGCACACUGGAGAAGAACCUCUCAGAUCAAAAGACUGUGAGAAAUCUUUAAAUUCGUGUUCCAGCAUUACUGAAGAUCAGAGACUGUACACCGUAAAGAAAAAGAACAGGCAGGGAGAAUAUGAUGAUUCUUUGAGCGCUGCAUACAGGCUUUUGCAACAACCAAUCUACAUUGGAGAGACACCACACCAGUGUGAGAAAUGUGGGAAAUGCUACAGUACUGCCUCAUGCCUCACUAUCCAUGAGAGAAUACAUAAGGGAAUUAAACCCUACAAGUGCAAAGAUUGUGAAAAAUCUUUUACCCAGUGGUCAAGUCUUAAAACACAUCAGAGACUUCACACUGGGGAAAAACCAUACAAAUGCAAAGAGUGUGGAAAAUCAUUUCCUCAGUUGUCAGCCUUUCAUAGCCAUCAGAAAUUGCAUACUGGAGAGAAACCUUACAAAUGUAAGGAAUGUGACAAAUCUUUUGCCCACUAUUCCAAUUUCAGGAGACACCAGAAAAUGCACACUGCUGGGAGACACUAUAGUUGCCAAGAAUGUGGCAAGGUCUUUCAUCAGCUUUCACACUUUAAAAGCCAUUACAGACUCCAUACUGGAGAGAAGCUUUACAAGUGCACUGAGUGUGACAGAGCCUUUCCACACUAUUCAUCAUUGAAUAGGCAUAAGAAAACUCAUUCUCCGGAGAAUGUUCACAAGUGCAAAGAAUGUGGUAAGUCCUUUCUUGAAUUGUCACAUCUCAACAGGCACUACAGAGUCCAUGCUGGUGAAAAGCCUUACAAAUGUGAGGUAUGUGACAAAUCCUUUACCUGGAACUCAACACUUAGAACACAUCAGAAAAUUCAUACUGGGGAGAAACCUCACAAAUGUAAGGAUUGUGACAAAUCCUUUACCAAACACUCAGAUCUUAGAAGACAUCAGAGUGUUCACACUGGAGAGAAACUUUAUAGAUGUAAGGAAUGUGCCAAGUCUUAUACUAGCUGUUCAUAUCUUAGAGCACAUCAGAAAAUUCAUACUGGAGAGAAACUUCACAAAUGCAAACUGUGUGACAUAUCCUAUAUUCAUAUUGCAAGUCUUAGAAGACAUCAGAGAGUUCAUACUGGAGAGAGACCUUACAGUUGUAAGGACUGUGGCAAAUCCUUUACCAGUUGCUCAAAUCUUAGAAGACACCAUAGUGUUCACACUGGUGAAAAACCUUACAAAUGUAUGGAAUGUGACAAAUCCUUUACACAGGACUCCCAUCUUAGAACACAUCAGAGAGUUCAUACUGGAGAGAGACCUUACAGUUGUCAGGAAUGUGACAAAUCCUUUGUCCACUCUUCUGGUUUACGGAGACAUCAGAAAAUCCAUAAUGGACAGAAACCAUACAAAUGCAAAGAAGAUGUAUCCUUUCUCCAGAUUUUGACUCCUAAGAGACAUUAGAAAAUUCACAUGGAAGAGAAACCUACUGUUUAAAUAACUUGACAUAGCAUUUUCUGAUAUUCUUUGCCUACAAAUCACAACAGUGUGUAAAAUGGAAACAUAAAGAUAAGAAAUUUGUAAAAGGCUUUAAUGAAGUUUUAAAUGUUAAAAAAUAUCAUAGAGUUUAUAUUAAAGUAAAAUUUUGCAGAUGUAACUGUGGAAAAGCUUUUUAUUUCUUUUAAUGUGUAUAUAUGUUUUGCCUGUAUAUAAGUAUGUCUGUGCUGCAUUUAUACCUGGUGCUGGUGGAGGACAGAAGGUGGCAUCAGCUCCCUGAAGGUGCAGUUAUAGACCACUGUGAACUGCUGUGCAUGUGUUGGAAAUUAAACCCUGGUCCUCUGGGUUUAAUAACCAUUGUUGCUUACCCACUACACCAUGUCUCCAGCAUCUGAUAAAAAAUUAAUAAAAACAAUUGUCUUUGGAA